AUGUUUGCUAUAUCAUGUAAAGUUGGAAACCUUGAAAUCAAAAGGGCAAUAUGUGACUUAGGAGCUUCCAUAAAUGUUAUGCCUCUAUCAAUUUAUUUGUCUUUAGAUGCAGGUCCUUUGAAACAAAUAGGAGUCACACUCCAACUCACCGAUAGAUCAAUAGUUUAUCCUAAGGGCGUGUUGGAAGAUGUUUUGGUCCAAGUGGAAAAAUUAAUCUUCCCAGCAGACUUCUUUGUCUUGGAUAUGGAAGAUGACAGUUCAUCUAACUCUGCAGAUUUAUUGCUAGGAAGACCAUUCCUUAGCACAGCUAGAACGAAGAUCGACGUGCACGAAGGCACGCUUUCAAUGGAGUUAGAUGGAGAAAAGGUAAAGUUUAAUGUCUACGAUGCAAUGAAGUAUUCUGACGAUAAUUUUUCUCUUUACAGCAUAGAUGUAGUUGAUCCUCUCGCUCAAAAAGCAUGUGAAUUAAGCAAGGAAGAUAAGUUGGAGGUAGUUUUAACUGAAAACUUGAUAAUGGAAUGCCCUGACAGUAGCACAUUGAAACUCGAUGAGGAAAUCAUAAAAACAAUCCGUUCAUUAGACACUUUGAGCCAUAAUGCACCAGAACUUGAGUUAAAAAUGCUUCCAGCUCAUUUGAAAUAUGCAUUUUUGAGAAGUGAUAACACACUUCCAAUCAUAAUCACCUCCAAGUUGAAUACUUUAAAAGUAAUGAAGUUAAUUUAG